AUGUUAGGGCCAGGCAAUAUUGUGGAGCACGAGGCCUCGCCGGGGCUGUUCCAGAGGUGCGUGGUCGUCGAUCAAUCCGACGGGCUCCUGCUCCGCCGCGACGCCGAAGACGCCGAGCCGUUCCAGGCACCUCCCGGCGCCGUGCGGCCGCAGCCGCCAGACGUGCCAUCGGGCUUUUCGGGCCAGCUCAAGGUGGGCCAGCUUGUUGAGGCGUCCACGGCGGACGGUUGGGCUCGCGGCACGUGGCUCGAGCCCGUGCUCGGCUCGGCGGCUCCGCUUUCGGUUCAACUGCUCGCGGAAGGCGGAGAGGUUUCAGUGAGCGAGGCGGACGUGCGGCCGGCACUCGACUGGGUGGAGGGAGCGUGGGUGGAGAGACUCCACGAAUCUGCGCCGAAGCCGGACGAGGCCCCGCCCACGGAGCUUCCCGCGGAGCCCGCGCAGCCUCCCGAGCCACCUACGCUCAGUGCGGAGGAGGUUGGCCGCAUCUUUGCCACGGGGUCGAGCGUCGAGGUGACCUCCUUUGCGGACGGGCUGCGAGGCUCUUGGUACGGCGGGUCGGUCGUCGAGAGCCCGACGGCGAGGGGCGCGGGCUCCAACACCGAGGAGGAGGAGGUGAGCGCGAGCCGUCUCCGGCCGCAGCCGCCCGAGGGGUGGUGGGACGUGGUCGUCGCGGAGGUCAAGAAGACGUGCAUCGCCGUCGUCGCGCCCGAGUACGCCAAGCGCCACACCGUCCCACCAAGCAAGCUCCGCCCGCGCUGGUCGUUCGACCCCGCCAGCCGCCACGAGCCGUCGGGAGGCUGCCGCGUCUCCUUCUUCCGCUUCGGGUGCAGCCUCGAGUUUCGGCCCAUCGAGGAAGACUACCUCGGCGCGUGGGUGCUCAAGCUCUGCCCGGAGUCGAACGAGCUGCUCCUCGGCCGCGUCGACGCCGCCGGCAACACCGCAUCGCUCCGCGAGACGUGUCGCGUCGCUCGCUGCCGCCCUCCGCCGCCUCCGCUCGGCGAGGACGCGUCCGCCGGCCUGGCCGCCCACGGCGUCACCUCCUGCGAAUUAGCCAACCAUCACUCCUUCAGUACUCAUGAUCAGGUCUGGCUCGACGGUGUCUGGUGGCAGGCCCGCGUCGAGGGUCUCACGCAGCUGGCCGGAUCGAGCCACGUCACCGUCGUCUCUCCGCAGUACGGAUCGCGCUCCGGCACGCGCCACCGCGCGCCUCUCUCGCACGUGCGGCCGCGGUACAGCUGGCUCUCCCCCGAGGGCGGCUGGACCUACUCGUCCGGCGGCGGCGCGACCGUCGUCGAGGUCGAGGUGGCGGAGGAGGGGGCGCCGGAUCGGACGGACUUCAUCGAGGAGUUCGGGCUCGAGGACGAGGGGAGGGAGUGGCGCAAGGUGACUGCGUCGGGCGGUGCGCCGCGCCCUCCGCCGGGCGUGGUCGUCUCCCACCGGUACGCGUUUGGGAUGGCGGUCGAGGUCGCUGGCGAGGACGAAGGGUUCGAGCGGUCGUGGUAUUCCGGAGAGGUUCUCAAGGCGGCGGCCAAGGUGACGGUCAGGUACGACGCCCUCUUCGAGGAGGAUUCGGACGCGAAGCGACCGCUGACGGAGACGCUCGAGCCGGGCCGGCUGCGCCCCCUCCCUCCCAAGGCGCAGGAGGGCUGGCUGAGGAAGGCCAAGGCGGGCCUGCCCCUCGAGCUCAAGCACGACGGAGGCUGGUGGCAGGCCGGCGGCGCCCGCCUUGCCUCCGCCCGGUCGCAGCCGCUCUCACGCGGCUGUCCAGCUCUGAGCGUCCCGACGCGCGUUCCUCAGGUCGAGUUUGUGAGCGUGGCGGAUGGCGGCGACGCCGAGACAGCGACGCAGCUUCUCGUCCGGGGGGCGGGCGAGCUGUGGGGCGGCGCGGAGAUCCUUGCGGACGUCUCCUCCCUCCGGCCCGGCUGGCACUUCAACGCCGCCUCUCAGAGCUGGGGCUCGCGCGGCGCCGCUGCCGCCGCAGCCCCCAAAAAGUCGAGGAGCGGGAGCAAGAGCCGCCGCUCGGGCGCGAGGCCCGACAAGGGCGCGGCGUGA